UAGGUAGGAAUUUGAACUGACAUUAAGGAUGGUACGCGAGACAGGCGACUCCGACGAAUAAUUCUGGUCGCUUUAUUUCCGAAGUAUCACAGCAGAAACCUAGCUAACAUACUUGCCAGUGACUUAAAACAUUCUUGUAAAAUCGAGAUAGAACUGUACGUUUAAAAAUGUCUUUUCUGCAAAGUUUCCUGACACGUUACAUUCCAACCGUGAAAGCGGAAGACGACGAACUGAUCGAUCCUCAGAAAGUGCUUCGUGAAAAAUGCUCCAGGAAGAGUGAAUGUAAAACUUUGCAAGAUAAGCUUAACACUUGUAAUGAUCGGGUCAAUUCGAGAACUCAAACAGAAGAGACGUGUCUCGAAGAGUUAAUCGAUUACGUAGAAUGCGUAGAUCACUGCGUAGCAGAAACGCUGUUCAGUAAGCUUAAGUAAGAUCACAACGGGACGUAAUCUCGGUUAAGAGGAUAUUAUCAAUUGAUUUGAUGUAUUAUAAAUAUACAGUUGUUACUAGGAAUAAAUAAUGAUUUAUCGAAA